AUGCAACGACAGAACAAAGCUAUAAACAGCAUGUCGAUGCUGCUCUGGUGCGCGCUGGCUCUCCAGCUUGGUGCGCAGCUCGCCCUCGGUCGCUCCAUCGCCUUCCCUCCGACCGACGACGAGUGGCUUCGACGUCAAUCGAGCACCUCUUCCCUUCCCAGCAUCCCCGCAUGCAUCCCUCCGCAGGGCACCUCACCUCUGGGCAUCUACCCUCCAUCGGCAGUGACGACUAAGCAGACGGGCACCAAUUGCAACCGCUAUGGCGACCCGCCCGCGCGCGUACUGAACAACGUCCAGUCGCCCAACGGUCUGCAGGACUAUGUGCAGAUCUGUCACGGUCAGAUUAUCACCAUGACCGACAAGAACGGUCAGGAGCGAGCCGUAUGCUUCUACGCCAACCCUAAGUCGACCAAGGACAAGCCGCUGCCGUUGCUCGUGUAUCUGCAUCCGUCGCUGUUUGGGUCCACAGUGACUUUCCCUCUGACUGGCAUUGACGAGGUCCGCGACAUCCAGUCGCUGAACAACGAGGACCCUAGCCGAUUGGGCUUCUCGUACAUCCUCCCUGCCGGUCGCAACACCAUCCACCAGUACCCCUUCCCUGACGACACGGGUCUUGGUUGGGACAAUUGGUACCGCAACGUCGAUCGUCGCUCGCGCGACCUCAAUAUCGACGUCGACUUUAUCGACAAGACCAUCGCCUACGCCAAAGGCCACGUUCCUGUCGACAAGCGCAGGGUCUUCAUGACAGGCUGGUCGAAUGGAGCCGCAAUGACUGAGCUCUACGCGGCCAACACCGAUGGCAUUGCUUCCGCAGCCGUCUACUCGGCGCCUGACCCGUACCGCGACUCCCAGGACCCCUGCACCCAAGUUCCCUACCCCAAGUACGCCACACCCGUCCGUGACAUCCACAAUUACUGCGACAUCAUCGGCAUCUGCACCACCGGCAAGUACUACAGGGACGACCUCAAGAGGCGAUACCCCUCGUUGCCGCAGAGCCUGGUCGUGAUCGACGUCGUGACCACCGCAGUGAUGGGUACGGACGACGGAGCCAAGUGCGACCCCGCCUGCCAGGGCGCAUGUGCGGUGACCACCGGCUCGGUGGCACACAACAGGUGGCCCGCCGCGCGCAACAGCGACACCUUCUUCUCGUUCUUGCGCGCCAAUCCGCUGCCCAAGUCCGGUUUUUGGGGCGCUCCCAAGUAG